UGUAAUUUUAAAUUUAACUUAUUCAAUAUUCGCCGACUGGAUUCUUACUUCAAUCCAGGAUUUACACUUGAGGACUUCAAAUUGAUGAAGUGUGAAGAACUGACAAUAUGGAACCAUAGCUUUACUCCAGAAUACUUGAAUCAUUUUAUCCGUAAUUGAUUAAACGGAAACAUGAAAGAAUUGAGAAGAUUCCACUUGGACCAUGAUUUCAAAAUAAGAGAUUGGGUAGUGGUGUUGAAUGAAAUAGUAGUUAGUCGAUGGGACGAAGUACGCCGAGAAAAAGUAUACAGAAUCGGUUUUCAAGAAUUUGAUUGUUCCGAUGGUUGGGAUAUCGAAAGGGAAGAUGGAACUAUUGCUACUGUAGUUUUUGUGAAAUCAUCAUUUGAUUUUUUUGUUUGGUCUAAAUGA